AUGCCCUCUUCAGGUCAAGACAUCAUCAUCCUGGUCCUCAGACCUAUCAAGAUCCACACCCUUCCCUGGCCCAGUGUAUCCAACCUUGCCAAAGACUUCAUUGACCGCCUGCUGACAGUGGACCCUGGAGCUCGGAUGACUGCGCUGCAGGCCUUGAGGCACCCGUGGGUGGUGAGCAUGGCAGCCUCUUCAUCCAUGAAGAAUCUGCAUAGAUCCAUCUCCCAGAACCUCCUCAAGCGUGCCUCCUCUCGCUGCCAGAGCACCAAAUCUGCCCAGUCCACACGUUCUAGUCGCUCCACACGCUCCAACAAGUCUCGCCGUGUGCGGGAGCGAGAGCUGCGGGAGCUCAACCUGCGCUAUCAACAGCAGUAUAAUGGCUGAACCACCAGCUGUGACUUAGAUAUGACACAGUCUCAGCCUCGCUGCUUUCUGCUGUGCCGUCUGAGAUCAGUACCCUCUCUGGAGGUAGGCCUCCUGGCUAGUGGUACGAAGAGAAUGUCUGGCUCCAGCCCCUUCUCUGUGCCUUAGUAAUCUCUGUCCUUACCAUGGGUGGCCCGGAGAACAGUGACAUCCUCCGCUCUCCUAACUGGGAACCUUAGCUGGCACUGCUACCCCUUUUUGGUGGGCAGUACUCUUAUGAGUUGGGGGAAGGGACAGGACCUCAUCAUCACUUACCCCCUUAUCCUUUGACUUUUUUCCCCAGACCAAAGUAGCCUACAAGCCGGGCGCCGGUGGCUCACGCCUGUAAUCCUAGCUAUUCAGGAGGCUGAGA